CCGGAGGGGGGUGCUGAGGAAGGCUCUCUGCCGCUCUGAUGGGCCAGCCCAGUCCUGGCCCAGCUCCCUCAGGAGGCAUCUGCAUUCUCUGGGCUGAAAGGUAGCUCCUGUGCCACUGACUUCCAGGCAUGAGGUGGCUCCUGCCCUGGACGCUGGCAGCCGCGGCAGUCCUGGUGGCGGGCAACGUCCUGGCCACGGCCGUCUCACCAACCCUAACCAUGACUUUCACUCCAGUGCCACCGGAGGACACAACUGCACGCCCUGAAUUCUGCAAGUGGCCAUGUGAAUGCCCGCAGUCCCCACCUCACUGCCCACUGGGCGUGAGCCUUAUCACAGAUGGCUGUGAGUGCUGUAAGAUAUGUGCCCAGCCUGGGGACAACUGUACAGAGGCUGCCAUCUGUGACCCACACCGGGGCCUCUACUGCGAUUACAGUGGUGACCGGCCGAGGUACGCAAUAGGAGUGUGUGCACAGGUGGUCGGUGUGGGCUGCGUCCUGGAUGGCGUGCGCUACACCAAUGGCGAGUCCUUCCAGCCCAACUGCAGGUACAACUGCACGUGCAUCGACGGCACGGUGGGCUGCACGCCACUGUGCUUGAGCCCCAGGCCCCCGCGCCUCUGGUGCCGACAGCCCCGGCAUGUGAGGGUUCCCGGCCAGUGCUGUGAGCACUGGGUGUGUGACGAUGACUCUAGACGGCCACGCCAGACUGCGCUGCUGGACACCAGAGCCUUUGCAGCUUCAGGCACAGUGGAACAAUGGCAUGGGAACUGCUUAGCCUACACUAGCCCCUGGAGUCCUUGCUCAACCACCUGUGGCCUCGGAAUCUCAACUCGGAUCUCUAAUGUCAACGCCCGGUGCUGGCCAGAGCAGGAAAGUCGCCUCUGUAACCUGCGGCCAUGUGAUGUGGACAUCCACUCGCACAUCAAGGCCGGGAAGAAGUGUCUGGCUGUGUUCCAGCCGGAGGGGCCCGUGAACUUUACUCUUGCGGGUUGUGUCAGCACACGCACCUACCGGCCCAAGUACUGUGGAGUCUGCGCUGACAACAGGUGCUGUAUCCCUUACAAGUCCAAGACUAUCAGUGUCACUUUCCAGUGUCCAGAGGGGCCGGGUUUCUCCCGUCAGGUGCUAUGGAUCAAUGCUUGCUUCUGCAACCUGAGCUGUAGGAAUCCAAACGAUAUCUUUGCUGACUUACAAUCUUACCCUGACUUCUCAGAGAUUGCCAAUUAGGUAGGCAUAUGACUUGGGGGUAAAGCUCCAUGUUUGCAGAGCAGCCGGCCCUCUGUGGCCCAGGACUUCACAGAUGAGCCUUACUUCAUCCCCUUUCCACUGCAUUCUGAAUGUCCUGAUCCUGACUCUUAGUCUGUGCUCCUAUUUCGACCAUCCCAAUGGGCCAGAAGAAUGCUGCUCAGGCUCAGAAAAGGCAUCCUUCCUUGGGAAUAUCCUAUAUCACUCCAAAGAAAACACAUCUCAGACAGUUCAAGAUGAAUCCCAAGCCUGACUCAGCCUGUUUGACUUUAGCCUGCUCAAGUUGUCAGAAAUCCUGAUGGGGCUGCGCAAGGAAUGGAAUCCAUUGGAAAGCCAGUAUCACAGACUCCUUCUUCAGAUGCCAAACGUGAUGAUGCUGGGGUCCUCUCAGACAGAUGGAUGGGACUGGGAACACAGGAAUAAGCUAUUCUUUGGGCCUUGCUAAAUAAUACUAUCAUGGGCAUGUAUGCCCACAACACACCAAAAGUGCUCUUGUUCCAAAGAUCUUUGUACCACGAGGUCUCCGAACAUUUUCCAGGUGAGGUGAAUGGUUGUGCCAUUUUUCCUCUCAACAGAAGGUCAUUUCCAUUAAUCUGGGAAUAACUGAGGAUAUAUUUCUCUUCUUCCUGUAGUGUAAAGGCUUCAAAUUGUGUUCAUGUUGAUUGGAAAUAAUAUCUGAGAAAUCUUAUUUUUGCUUGUGACGAUAACUCCCAAUCCAUCCUAUAGAGAUGGGGCAAGGCCAGCCAGUCUCACAGGCCACAAUUGAUCAGGUCAUUGAAUCCGUUGCAUACCAAAUUCUUAGGACAAUUAGCCAAGUCUUCCUAACAUCUGGACCUCUCUUGCACUGGGGCUCCUGGGAAUUGGUAGGGACCUUGGGGUGUCCUGUCUGUCUGUUGUCUCAACAGCACCCCGGAAUCGUGGGAUGGUGAGAAGAUGUCCUCAUGAGCCUUGGAAGAUUCCUUUGAAGUCCAGACAAGACCUAGCAGGAUGUAUGUGUCAAACGAAUAAGUUGGUCACCCUUCGUGGGCCUGGGUGGCCUCUGGUAUGAGUGGUGAGGUCACAAUAGUCCCU